AUGGUCCCCAAGGCUCUCGUUCCUUUCCUCGUCACCAUGAUGUUGGUGACGGGGGUUUGCAAUACCCUUCUCACCAAGUAUCAGGACAUGCAAUGUGUGAGGAACUGUGACUCACCCAAUCCCAGCGAACGGGUUGCCUUUGAGCAGCCCGUCCUCCAAACACUGCAGAUGUUCGUAGGCGAAAUGGGCUGCUGGCUGGUCCUUUUCUGCAUCGACAUCUGGAAAGGCUUCAUCGCACCUCGAUUCUCCUCCGCACCGCUCUUUACCGACGGAUACCAGUCCAUCGAUAACGAUGCAGAUGAUGAAGCCGAUGCCGAGGCUGACGAUAUACAUAAACCCGACGAAGAUACAAGGACGCAACUGAGUGGGAACAAGAUCUUGCUUCUUGCCCUGCCAGCUUGCUGUGACAUCACCGGCACUACGCUGAUGAACGUCGGUCUACUCUUCGUCGUUGCUAGUAUCUACCAGAUGACCCGUGGUGCUCUCGUGCUGUUCGUCGGUCUGUUCAGCGUCAUCUUCCUUAAGCGAAAGCUUUACUUCUAUCAGUGGUUUUCCUUGGUCUGCGUCGUUCUCGGAGUGGCUCUAGUUGGUCUUGCUGGUGCCAUUUUCCCCGAUCACCAUAAGGCGCCGGUAAACGUCUCCCCCGGUGAUGCUGAUGCAGUUGGAGUUUUGGUAAGACGAGUUGUAGAAAUCAUCACCUCCGAAGACAAGCACGUUGAUCCUCUCCGUGUCGUUCUCGGUGUUUUCUUGAUCGCUUUUGCCCAGAUAUUCACCGCCUCGCAGUUCGUAUUGGAGGAAUGGAUUCUUGAGAAGUAUGCCAUGAACCCACUGAAGGUCGUUGGCUGGGAAGGAAUUUUUGGAUUCCUAGUCACUGCUUUGGCAAUGGUCGUUUUGCAUUUCACCAUCGGUAUUACCGAAAGUGGUAGGUUUGGAUACUUUGACGCCGUUGAGGGAUGGAGAAGCAUGACCGGCAACAAGACCGUUGCUUUAACCAGUCUCCUAAUUAUGAUCAGUAUCGGGGGCUUCAACUUCUUCGGUCUCAGUGUCACACGCUCCCUAUCUGCAACUUCACGAAGCACCAUCGACACCUCUAGGACACUCUUCAUCUGGCUUGUGUCCCUUGGCCUUGGCUGGGAGACCUUCAAGUGGCUGCAGGUCCUUGGUUUUGCCAUGCUUGUCUACGGAACUUUCCUUUUCAACGACAUCAUCACUCCACCGCUUAAGGCAUGCCUACCUUCUGAUGAAGAGACCCGUCAACCACUCCUCCCCGAAGAGCCAAUUGAACAUAUAUAA